GGUCAAAACAUGUCUUCACUUAUCAAAUGUAAAUUAAUUGACAAUAAAGUUAUGAUCAAAAUAAUUACGGAUAAGUUAUUUGUGGCCAAAAGGUUUUCAAACGAUUCUUCAGAUGAUAAACGAAAGAAUGUCAAAACAGAGACAACGAGUGAAUACAAGACAUCUAAAAGACCGCCGAAACCACCGGAAAACUGUUGUCAAUCGGGAUGUGAUAACUGUGUUUGGGUUAAGUAUGUCGAAGAACUGCAACAAUAUUAUGGAGAUAUAAGUCAAGAGGCAAUCAAACAAUUAGAUCAAUACAUAACUGAUCCGUCACUCAAAGUCUUCAUUAAACAGCAAAUCAAACUCAACGAAGACAAAGAUAAAGACAAAUAA